GUUGCAGACAUAACAGUAAAGUGUGUCUUAUGUCUCAUGUGAUCACUAUUUGAAUCACAUUAUCAUUGCAUGUAAUCUCAAACCAAUUGAAUCCAAUCGACGAACUCAUCGUUUGCUUCAUUCACAGCAAACAUACCUUUCAUAGUGUUUCCAAUCACUCCAUGGAUUACAUCUGAAAUGACUUAAAACCUCAACUCAAAGGUCUGUUGGAAAUGAUGUUCCGAUUGGCCAAAAAGAAAUGGAUGCGAUCUCUGUACUGGACUAUUGUAUUGGUGUUUCUCGUGUCACUCUUAACCGCAUUUAUCUAUUACUUCGUUCUCAUCGAUGAACUCGAAAUCAAACCAAAAACUAUUGUAAACAGCGAUAACUUAGAGAAACAAAUCAAUUACCGACUUUCGGGGCUCGAGUUGGGCCUCAAGCAGAACAGAGAUCUCCUGAAAAGCAUUCGCUUUAAAUUAGAUCGAGUUUUCAAAGAUAUUAACGGAAAUCUCAAUAAAGAUAAUGAGGACUCGGAUCCAUCGGACUAUAUUCGGGAUCAAUCUAUUUGUGCGAAGUCUAGUCCGCAAAAAGAAUUCAAACCUAAUAUAUCGAUGCCUGACGUCUACGAAGAGCUCAAGUUUGAUAACCCGGACGGAGGUGUUUGGAAACAGGGAUGGGAUCUCAUUGUUAACGAAACCCUGUUUUCAAAGGGCCAUAAGUUAAAAGUGUUUGUCGUACCGCACAGUCACAAUGACCCUGGUUGGAUCAAGACCUUUGACAGAUACUUCAGGGAACAGACGAAACACAUAUUAGAUAACAUUGUCACCAAAUUAAGCGAAGACCCGAAACUGAGGUUCAUUUGGGCGGAAACUAGUUAUCUGAGCGCCUGGUGGGAGACCGUCAAAGACCCCAAAAUGAAGACUCAGAUGAAAGCGUUGGUAGACUCGGGACGGCUCGAGAUCGUGACCGGCGGUUGGGUUAUGAACGAUGAGGCGAACGUCCAUUACUUUGCGAUGAUUACGCAGAUGGUUGAGGGACACGAAUGGCUUAUGGAUCACUUGGGGGUUAAACCUAAAUAUGGGUGGGCUAUAGACCCUUUUGGUCUCUCGCCUACAAUGGCCUACAUUUUGAAAGGAAUGGGAUUUGAAGGAAUGGUUAUCCAGAGAGUCCAUUACGCCAUUAAGAAGUAUUUGGCGUCCAAACAAGAAUUGGAGUUCCGUUGGCGUCAGUAUUGGGAGCAUAAAGCCGACAGCGAUAUUGUGUGUCAUAUCGAGCCCUUCUAUUCAUACGAUGUGCCGCACACUUGUGGUCCCGACCCUAAGGUGUGCUGUCAGUUUGACUUCAAACGUUUGCCCCCUUCGAAGGUAUACCUCUUAAUUCCUAUACAGAGCAACCCUUUUGGUCUCUCGCCUACAAUGGCCUACAUUUUGAAAGGAAUGGGAUUUGAAGGAAUGGUUAUCCAGAGAGUCCAUUACGCCAUUAAGAAGUAUUUGGCGUCCAAACAAGAAUUGGAGUUCCGUUGGCGUCAGUAUUGGGAGCAUAAAGCCGACAGCGAUAUUGUGUGUCAUAUCGAGCCCUUCUAUUCAUACGAUGUGCCGCACACUUGUGGUCCCGACCCUAAGGUGUGCUGUCAGUUUGACUUCAAACGUUUGCCCCCUUCGAAGGUGAAGUGCCCCUGGAAGGCAUCCCCUCAUAAAAUAACCGAUUCUAAUGUCCAUCAAAGAUCUCUUCUACUGUUGGAUCAGUACCGCAAGAAAUCAAUGCUUUAUAAGACUAAAUCUCUUUUAAUACCAUUAGGCGAUGAUUUUAGGUUUGAUAAACUAGAGGAAUGGGACGCACAGACAGAAAAUUAUCAAAAGCUUUUUGAUUACAUUAACGCCAGACCCGAAUGGAAUGUUGAGAUUAAAUUCUCGACAUUAGGCGAAUACUUUGAGUCAUUCAAAGGGAUUCAUUCAUUUCCAACCCUUUCGGGAGACUUUUUUACUUAUAGUGAUCGGGACGACCACUACUGGAGCGGUUACUACACAUCAAAGCCUUUCUUCAAGCGCUUCGAACGCAUAUUAGAGUCACACGUGAGAAGUACUGAAAUUAUAUUCUCAAUGGCGUCUAUACUGAACCCCCACUCACUGGACCGACUCAACGCUCUGAUGCCACUGUUUGUCUACGCCCGACAAAAUCUGGCACUCUUUCAACAUCACGACGGCAUCACUGGAACCGCUAAAGACAUUGUCGUCAAUGAUUACGCCAAUCGAAUGUAUCGAUCGCUUGAAAACUUAGAGAAAAUCAGUUCGCAGUCUAUAAUGAAUUUAUUACACUAUGAGAACAUUGAAUCCAAUCAAUUGAAAUUAGUGGACAAACUUCCCAACUCUUUCUCAACGUCUACUAAAAGUUUAUUCAUAAUCGAUGACAACAACAAUCAGAAUUGGCAUUUUGUCAUUUAUAACUCAUUGGGAUUCGCUUCAUAUGAGUUGGUUUGCAUUCAUUUGCAGCCAAUGGUCAACAAUUGGUGUAUUAAAGACAAUGACGGCGUUGAAGUGGAAGACAUUCAGAUGAAUAGGGUUUGGUCUAUGGAUAAGCUGUUGACCGAUAGAGUGGAGGCUUGUUUUGUAGUACACAUGAAAGCCUUAAGUUUAGCGGAAUAUAGUGUAGGAAUAUGUGAUGAGAAGAGAGGUGUGCACAAGAAAAGUGCCGUCACUUUGUAUAAUUUCGGCCAAUCAUUCAAUAAUUUAUCCGAAGAUUUGGUGUCCUUUGAUGAGACGCCGACUGAAAUACAAUUGGAUAACGAGAACAUUGGCCUCACAUUCAGUGGUGCGGACGGUAUGCUUCGCAAACUCUCCAUUCGAGACGUGACUACAAACUUAAGGAUGAAAUUUAUGACUUACGGCACCAGAAGUGGCAAAAAAGUGCAGAAGAGCGGCGCCUAUAUAUUUUUGCCCGACAAUGAAAACGCUCAGGACUUGGUUUACAGCAACUGUAAGAUUAGAAUAACUAAAGGAAAUAUUGUCACCAGAUUUGAGACCAUUAUUGAGAAACCGAUUCCUAUUCGGCACCAAAUCUCAAUAAUUAAAGGCAAACGAUAUAUUGAAAUGGAAAACGAGUUCUUUUUAUCUCAAAGUUCUUUUGGGAAUAAAGAGCUUAUGAUUAGGUUUUACAGUGACAUUCAAAACGACGAUAUCUUCUACACAGAUCUCAAUGGCUUUCAAAUGAUUAAACGGAAGCGAUAUAACAAAAUACCACUUCAGGGAAACAUAUACCCGAUGCCCACAACCGUCUACAUUGAAGACACCAAACAGAGACUCAGUGUGUUGUCGGGACAGCCAUUGGGCGCCACUAGUCCUCGAUCGGGUUGGGUCGACAUCUUUCUCGAUCGACGCCUCCUUCAAGACGAUCAAAGGGGUCUCAAUCAGGGAGUCGUCGACAACAGGAAAACGAAAGAAAUCUUCAAAAUUCUCUUGGAAAGCACAUCAUCGGAGCCAACGGCGCCCACACAACCACUCAAACCAUCACUUGAAGCACAGAUAGAGUUGCAGAAGAUUUUGUCGCCACCGAUACUAAUGUACAGUACGAUGAAGAGUACCAUCAGUGAGAUCUACUUUCUGCACAAUCCUUUGCCCUGUAAUAUACAUCUGUUGAAUAUGAGGCGUUCCUCCAAAGCCAAUACUUAUUCCCUUUAUCUGCACCGUUGGGGCGUCGGGUGUGACGCUAAAUGUGCCGCAAAUUCCACUGUUGUUUUGAGUCAACUCUUUUCGCCGUUUAUUACCAAAUCAUUAGAGCCACAGAUCACUCGAAUGAGUUUAUCUUCACUCCAUGAGAAGGAAUCGGAUCUUUCAAUCGACAGUCAACUGAAUGUCGAGGAAAUGCAUAUAAAUGUCUAUCGUCUGAGAACUCGAGGCGUUUGA